UGGUUUGACAGCGGCCAAGGCAUCUGAGUUGCUCCAGGCGUUUUUUUCAAAACCAAAAAAAAUCUCAAAAAAACCAAACAUUCCUUUUUUUCUUCUUCAUCACAUUCCUUAAGAAAAGAUAUUCCCAUCAUGAAGGCCUUUGCUGUCGUCGCCGGCGUCGUCGGCAUGGCCCACGCCCACAUGAACUUGGCCUACCCGGCCUGCAUCGGGCGGAAAGACAACAUCAACACGGGCAACGGAAAGGAGUUUGGAAUAGACAGCAAUAUCAACGCGCCCCUCGACCCGUCGGGCUCCGACUACCCGUGCAAGGUGCCCGGCUUCUCGGGCAUCCAGGUCAAGACCCCCCCGCAGAUGACGUGGGAGCGCGGCGCCAACUACCCCGUCGGCCUGGGCAACGAGGUCGUCCACGGGGGCGGCAGCUGCCAGUUCGCCCUCUCCAAGGACAGGGGCAAGACUUCGACGGUCAUCGCCUCGUACAUUGGCAACUGCGCCGCCAACAUCCAGGACCGCAACUUCACCGUGGCGAUCCCCUGUGACACCCCCGAGGGCGAGUGGCUCUUCAUGUGGAGCUGGCACAACAGGAUAGGGAACCGCGAGAUGUACCAGCGCUGCACGUACCUUAACAUCAAGGGAGGGGGCUGCGGCAACAAGUGCGGUGGUGGUGGCCAGCGUCCGCCUGUGGAAAACGACCCCGUCAUCCCGCCGUCGUCGGCGUCGCCGCCUGCUCCCGCGCCCACGACGCCUGCUGUCUCGACUUCGGCACCGGGUGAUGAUGGCACGCCCUCGACGCCUGCUUAUCCCCAGCCCACAGAGACCCGCCCUGUACACUGCUACGCAGGCCGGAAGCGCUCCAUCGGUCACGGUCACGGCCACGGUCACGGUCACAUGAGACGCAACAGCCUCGCAAUCCGCGACUCGACACUCGACACUCGUGCUAAGCCUGGCCCGGCAAAGGGCUCCAAGUACGACGCCGCCAAGUGCGCGUGCGUGCCCUUCGAGGGCCGGCCGUCCAUCUUCAUCGCCAACAUCAAGGACAAGGCCAAUCCCUCGAGCGAGGAGCUCUGCACCAACGAGAACACCGACGUCAUCUAUCCCGACCCGGGCCCCGCUGCGUGCGUUGAGUACACCUCGGACAACCCAUACCCGCCGGGCAAGAAGGGGACAUGCCAGUGGAGGGGCAAAGGCGAGGGGGCCAACCUGUAGUUGGCGGAACAGAAGGCUGCCGAAGAGGUGCGAUCACGGGCGCGUGACAUGGUGGUGGCCGACCUUUGAUACCCUGCGAACCCGUGGCAGCGCCAUUUCAUCUUUAAGGGGGGCAGGGUGUUCUCUUCUUCCUUGUUUUUGAACAAUGUAUCCGCGGAGCUCCGCACGCAUGCGUGUCGGCCGCGGCAGGUACUUUUUGAGGUGAUCCUCGUUGUUAUAGAUACUGGGGCAAUUAGAACAGUUGCU